CUCUGACUCAAGGAUGAUCAGUGUAAUAUCGUGUCUCGUGCAGUACGUUAGUGUCCGCUAGAAUUUCGGGCAGUGAGUGCGUGGAAAGAAAAGCACGAAAGAAUCAUAACAAGGAAACGCACGACGAACCAUAAGACUAUGGACGGAACGUGACCGUUUGUCAUCCAGCUUAUUGAGCAUCCACAGGACAUUAUUCGUAAGCUGAACCUGGUGAACGAGACCGAGAAGAUCGAGACCGGAAGAGCAAGGAUUCCGAAAGGAAAUUGGAUCAGGAAGCUCGGGAAUUAUUCGCCGACCAAGUGCCAAGUUCCCAGCAGCCCCAUGAGAAUGACUGCCGCGAUGAAAGCAUUGGACACCAGCGGACUGUGCAACACCUACCAUCAGCCGGCGACUCCUCGUCGAAGAACUUCCGGCGAUACCUGCGAGACACCUCUAGAGAUGCCGGAUCUGGAGAGCAUUAUUCGAGAGUUCGAGAUGGGUUUCCUGUCGCCCACGAAGCACGACACGGAGGCGGCUAUGGAGGCGAACAAGCAGAAAAACUUCGUCAAGAAGAUCGUUGCAGCGUUCGAGGUCAAGUACAAGACGUACAACGAUCUGAAGACCGCCCAGGAAGCGAAAGAGAUUCAGGACGAAAACAAACUGGAAUCAUCAUCGACGAGGGUGGCUACGGAAUCGUGGAAGAGACGAUCGGGAAUUUUCGGUAGCCCGUUUAAAAGCAGCAGCUCCGAAGACUUUCUCGGCGUGAAUCCGAACCAGGAGGACGCGACCAGAAGAUCCGGAAUCUUUUCCACGCCCGCGAGACACAGCACGGAGGAGUCGAAGAGUUCGAGAAGGUCUGGAAUCUUCGGUUCGCCGUUCAGAAUCGGUUCCAGCGACAUCGACAACGAGAAAAUCAUCGACGCCCGAGACAAGACGAAGGACGGAAACGAAACCAAGUCUGUUUACUCGACCCCGUCGAAAGAGAAACUGGAGGAUCCGAAGAGCAACAGAAGAUCAGGGAUUCUUUCUUCGCCAUUCAAUCGCAGCGAGUCGAAGGACACCGGUUACAAGUCUGACAUCUACACCAGCCCCGUGAUACUAGAUUACACGGAUCCGAAGGAGUCCAGCUCGGAUAGUUCUAGCCUGUUCAAGUUCGAUACGAAUGAAUCGAGACAAAGAUCGAACUUCCGUUUCACUCCGAUACGUGUUUCCUCUCUCGACGACACGCAAACAUUAGAGAGCAUCGAUCUCGACGUGACCUUACCUGAACCGGAAGAGACGAUCUUCCUCGGUGGGAACGGCCUUCCGAAGACCAGCACGAUGAUCAACGAGAUCGAUCGACCGACUGUGGAGGACGUGAACUACCCACCGCGAGUCAAGAUCAUCGACAGGACUCCGAAAAUCGUCGGGGCGUUCCUGAAGAAGCCGAUCGAGGUCGAGGACACUUCGAUCGAUUGGAUACCGAUCACCGGCAAGAAAUUGCCCCGCAAGAGAUCGCUGAAGAAGCUACUGUCCUCGUUAACCGGCAAGAAGUCGUUCGAGAAAAAGAGCAAGCUAUUCACGUCGGAGAGGAACUUGACCGAGGAACCGCGUGAACUUCAAGACUCCGGAUACGACGAGAGGUCCUGCUCAUCCUCCUCCUUGACCUCCCUAGUAUCCAUCACGGAGAUCCUGUUGCAACAGGAGAACAGCUGCAUAGAGCCGGAGAAAAGGAGGACCGUAUUGAGGACCUUCCUAUCCAGGAACUCGUUGGACGAGAAGGAGGACGACGAAACUUUCCAAGAGUCGCACUCCAACACGAGCACUCUAACCAAAAAGAAGCUACUGUUGACCGAAGUGCCACGGGAGCAGGUGAAACUGGACCUCGGACCAGCCUAUCCACCGUCUUCGAAAAUUCUAACGAUGUCGUUGGAUCGAAAAAGCACGGUCACCAAGAAGUCGCCCGUCAGCCCGUCGCCGAUCACCGCCCCCCUUACCAGAGUACCGAAACAUCCGCAUCUCUCCGGCAUCCCGAAGCACCCUUUCGUCUCGCUGACGAAGUUGGACGAGUCUCGCGAGCCCGGCGACACAGAUUCCGUGAUCGUCAAAAACGAUCUGUACGAAGUGGAGUUUCGCAGAAGCUGCGUGGACAUUAGCUCGACGAUCUCUUUGCGCAGCUCUUCCUCGGAGGGCAGCAACUACGACGUGCCCCGUAGGUUUCUGUCGAAAUCCGAAACGGAAAUACCAGAAGCGUGCCAGGUUGAGUUUCGAAGACCAGCGAAUCCGGUGUACGAUGUUCCGAGGCAUCGUGGCCUCGACAGACCGAGAUCGAGCGUUUACGAGGAUGCGCUCUCCCUGAAGAGGAGGAGCGCGUACAUGACCGAACAGGUGGUUUCGGAUUUUUACGCGUUCCCAUCUGACGUGGAGCCGCACUACGCCACCGUGAAACCACGAUGCAGCAGGAUUCACCGGAGCAGAGGCGCCCUGUUGAGUUCCGUCAAGGAUAUAACCGUCAUGGAGAAGACGUCCGUCUUUUAAAUCGCCUACGAAUGGACGGCGAAAGCGAGUUUGUUCCUGGAGUAAGUUAGAUCGUACUUUUUCGCUAGCUUUUCGAGAGCCACCUCGUUCGCGAAUAGUUAUCGGAUUUUUUAAUUUGUACGAUAUUCGGUGUAUUUCGCCGGUUUUUCAAUUGACACGGUCGACGCGCGAUCUUGGGUAUUUUAAUGGGAAAAGAUAGAUGUGAGUUUUUUUAGCCAACGGUGUACUCAUUUGGCCGUCGAUGAAUUUGUGAUUUUUCUAGCUGGUAAUCGUAGAAUACGCGACGGAGAACGUUUUAGACGAUAUUGCAACCCGUUUGUACGCGUAAAUUGUUUUACAGGUGUGCGUCUGUGUUAGUGUUUACCAUUUCCGUUUGUUCGGUGUCGCGGAGUAUCGUAUAUUUCGCGAGAAAUAUUUGAUGAGAUUACUGUCCGCCGCACCGACAGCCAAAAAUCGCAUUUAUUUUUACAAGUUUUUAACGCAAACCGUUGUUUCACGAACACUUUAACGUAGUGUGUGUUUUCGCCGGCUCUCAGACAUUUGAAUUUGAUGCAAAAAAAUACUGUCUUCCACCCGCGUAAUUUCCAGUCGAGAGCUUGCCACCGGGUGACUACGGGAUAAAAGUAGUAAAAGCGUAGAAUAAGUGAAUCCCGAUGUUUCUACGCGAGUGUAUAUGUAUACAAAGAGUCUUUGAACGUUUCCGGCGGAAAUGCUCGCGUAACUCGAUGGUUUUCGAUUCGAAAAAGAAUCUAGACUCCCGUUCGUUUUCAAGGGAAAACGAUUAUCGGAGACAGAACCGAGAAGAAAAUUUAUAAAAGACGAUCCGUAGUCUCGUAUAUUUCUGUAACGAAAUAUUUACAGAGAACUCGAAUCUUUAUUGUUAGAUCGUUAUGUAAUCAUGUGAUCUCGCGACGUAUCAGUAUUACGUAUCUGUGACAUGUAUUGUAUUUUAAGCAAAGAAAUAAGGUCAUGUCUCGACGCGGCGUGCGGUCUUUAGUGAGACUAGCCCGAACGAAACGAAUUUGUACAGUAUUAUUUUACCGCCGUGCACGUGGACGCGUAUUAACACGUGGUACUUUAUUUUUAAAUAAAAAUUCUCGGACAG